AUGGAGAGCCUAAAAAAAUUUUCUGAGACAGUAGUAACUGUUUUUUCAGAAGAAUAUCUAAGAUCUCCAACUGCUAAUGAUAUAGCCCGAUUGCUUGCAGUUGGUGAACAACGAGGAUUCCCAGGAAUGCUGGGAAGCAUUGAUUGCAUGCAUUGGAAGUGGAAAAAUUGUCCCGCAGCUUGGAAAGGUAUGUACUCUGGCCACAUCCAUGAACCAACUAUUAUUUUAGAAGCAGUUGCUUCAUAUGAUCUCUGGAUAUGGCAUGCCUUUUUUGGUAUGCCCGGUUCACAUAACGAUAUUAAUGUGCUAGAGAGAUCUUUUAUUUUUACGGAACUUGCCCAAGGGCGUGCUCCUCCAGUCAAUUACACCAUCAAUGGCAACGACUAUACUAUGGGCUAUUACCUUGCGGACGGUAUUUAUCCCAAGUGGUGAACUUUUGUGAAGACGAUUCCAUCACCACGUGGGAAUAAGAAGAAAAAUUUUGUGAAAGCACAAGAAUCCGCAAGGAAAGAUGUCGAGCGUGCAUUCGGGGUACU